CUAGCAAAGAUUGAGCUGCCACUGAUAUUCGAUGCGCUAGCCUGAAAGAGUUAAAUGCUAGGAUGGCGCACUAUUGCAGGGCGCGAUGGCGUCGCUCGCCCUUGCCCUGGCUCCGCUUGGACAGUACAGCGCCAGCCCAACGGGGCACACCUGGGUUCUCCAUUCCGGGCUGCGCCACAAAGGUAGGACCAACGCCAGUGCGGAGCUAAUGGUCCGCUGCCGCCCACACGCAAAAAAAUACACAAAGAUACACACAAGUGGCAAGAAGGAGCCGAAGAAAUACGUCAUCAUCUCUCUUCAACGUGCUGGCUGCACUGCCAGCGGCGAUGGGAAGCCAGAGGCGCGAUUCUCGCCGCGAGAAUAACGACAUGCAAGCCAGCGCCUCGACGCUUCAGACAAACGUUCUGUGAUGUCGCCUCUCUUGGUGUCGUCGUGCGGCGCACACGUUGUGAUGGCAGCGUCGAGUCGCGCGCGGCCGUCGCGUCGCCAUAGCAUCGCCAUUUUCUUAUCCCGGCCGGUGUGGGCUUGAAGCGCUGGUGCCAGAUAGGCGCUGACCAGUUUGCUGCUUAGUAAUCCUGUUAUGAGGCAUACCCUUACUUGUGGCAUGCAGUAAUUUGUAAAAGAACGUCUUUUGUUGACUUCCUUAUUUCAUAAACCUGUUGUAAGAUGUG